AUGUCCAACAUGACCGCAGAGCAAGCGUUUGAGGCAGCCUCGGCCGCGGCUAUCGGCGCCAACAGAGGUCUGCAGAUCCUUCCAGUCUACCUUGGUGGGUACCUCGACAGUCUGUUCAUGGGGAUCGUCAUUUGUCAGUGCUUUACCUACUGGCAGUCCAUCCGGACGGACAAGAAGCACAUCGUAGCCCUCAUGGUCGCUACGGUAGCCGCUACCACCCUCGCUACCGCUUUUAUCCUGCACUGGAAUAUCUAUCUGUUCGUAUGGAACUUUGGAACCUUUGGGGUCUUUGCCGAGGUCUACUGGAUCAUUCGAUACAUGUCCCUCGAGCUUUGUGUCAUUUUCCUUGUCCAGAUGCUGUACACAGACCGGGCGUGCAGACUAUACGGUCACUGGUGGCCAGCAGUCGUCAUCCCUCCUUUCAGCGUCGCAACGAUGAUCCUCGGCUCAGUGGUGCUCAAGAUCUUUGGCAGCCACGGGACCCACAACUCAGCCGAGCUACUCGCAGAUCCUGUCCUUGUCCCCGUUGCCUACUGCUGGUACAGUGGCAUCAUCGUCACCGACUCGAUCAUCACCAUCAUCAUCGUAUACGGUAUCAGCCGCAUACAGACGCAGUAUAAAGCGACCAAAUCUGUCCUUAACCGGAUCCUGAUUACUGCUUUUGAGUCCCAAACCCCAGCCUUGAUCAGCUCCUUGGUCUGCAUCGUGGCGUGGAACCGGCAAUUCGAGAUCGCACUCCACCUCGUCAUGCUGCAGAGCAAGAUCUACACGAUGGGUGCACUGAUUACGCUCAACCUUCGAGCCGGCCUGGCGCCUAGCAACGAGGUACACGUAUACACGACCCAGCAAGCAACUUCUGCAUACGCUAUGGACGCCUUCCCGCAGACCCGCCCGCCUCUAAGUGCAGGCGGUGUUCACGUCACGACCGACGUUUACAAGCACACCGAUGACCUUGACACGAUGGGCAAGAAACGGGUGUCUUUCAACCCGGGUACUAGCAAUCGGCGAGCCGACUCGAACGACUCCUUCGAGGACUCCAAGCAUUCCAUCCAGGACAAGGAUGGUGUCCUUGAGCUCAACAACAACGAGUCGGAGAUCAGGCUGGUGUAG